AAGGCGAGUUGUCCCAAGUUAGAGCUCAACUUGGUAACACUUGCGCUUUGCAGGCCUCUAAAAUCUAGCUUUCAAACCUGCCUCUUAAGUAGGGACCAACGGUUUUCCCUCUUUCUUCUGUCUCUAGGGGCCCACGGGGAUGGAUGCCCUGAAUCAUCAUCUUCCUCGCAACCCAGAGGCCUUCGAAGCCAAUUUAACACAGCUGGGUCUAUUGUUUAACUGAGUGAGAAAUCAUUUGACAUAAGAAUUUGGCGGGUGAACAACAAACAAUAGUCGGCCCCAUACUGCCAUUUCCUGCCAAAUCCUAAUUUGAAUCCUUAUUUAAAACAGUAUUUUUUAAAUCCAACUGAAAUACCAUGUGGGUCAUUGCAAACUUAGUGAUUCAGUCCACCUCAAGCCAUAAACUAAAAACAAUUCUGCCCUAAAUCAGCUGUUCUAGUGUGAUCCGGUUCAUUGCCAUAGCCGAACGGUAGCUUUUAUAUUGGCGGAGAGUUCAAGCGGCACUUUUUUACAUUUCCCCAGAGCCUGACAUUCAAAGAUUGCAAUGGCGGUCACACUGGCUUGUGUUGUUAAAGCAAUUGUAGCGCUACUAGUUGUGUCCGCCUUCUUUGUUGCCUGCUUUACUCUCCCGAUAGAGAAGAUAUUAAAGAAUUUCUUGGUGUGGAUUGACACAAAUCUAGGUCAUUGGGGGCCUCUCGUAUUGACUUUGUCCUAUAUCCCAUUGACAGUGCUGGGAGUUCCAGCUUUUAUCCUUACAUUAGGAGGUGGGUACCUGUUUGGGCUGCCUAUUGGAUUUAUUGCAGAUUCCGUUGGAUCUAUUCUUGGUGCAAUAGCAGCAUUCCUUAUUGGUAAAAUGGUUGGAAGGCAACAUGUGAUGUCUGUGUUGAAGGACUAUCCAAAAUUACAAGCUAUAGAUACAGCCAUUCGGAGAUCAGGAUUUAAGAUUGUUUUCCUUCUUCGACUUGCACCACUGGUUCCAUUCAACAUUGUAAACUACCUUCUUUCUGUAACACCUAUCAGUAUUCAAGACUACAUAUUAGCUUCUUGGAUGGGUAUGGUGCCAAUAACCCUGUUUUUUGUGUAUAUUGGAACAACAAUCAAUGACCUAUCUCGUGUCACUCAUACUUGGAGAGACAUCAUAUCAACUCAUGGGAUAAUAUUACCAGCAAGUGUUAUAGCAACAAUUCUCCUGAUGGUUUUGGCAACUCGAAUUGCCAAAAAGGCAAUUAAUGAGGCAGUUGAGGAGGAUAAUGCCAAUGCUGAGAGCUAUUAUAUAUCAGUAGAUUCUGCGCUUGUAGAUGAACCGUACUUGGAUUUCCAGCAAGCUGUUGUAGUUAAAGAGUAUCCUACCGUAGAUGAAUCAUAUGUGGAUCUUCAACAAGCACUUCUAAACAAAGAGAUUCUAUUGUAAACGAUAAAUGACAAAAUAGUUUUUUUAUUCAUUGUAUUUGUAGAACACAAUCAAAUAUUCUUUUCUCGUGAAAAUUGUACAUAGCUGUAAUUUGUGUAUUCAUGAAAGUUCCACACUAUGGUCGGGUCAUUUAUUUAUUUAUUUUUUAAAUCUUUGA